GAACAGGAUGCGGAGCAGUGCAGCUCAGAGAGAGGGAGGGGGGGGGGGCGCAGCCAGCCUCCAGCCACGGCAGCAGCUCAGACACUCACCACCAACUCCCUGGAUGCAGCAGAGGCACGGGACCAGGCAGAGACACCAUGGCUGUUGGGUUGAGGCUAGUGAUCAUGCUCCUGCUGCUGCUGUGUUGGAAUCUGACACACGCCAAAGAAGGAAAAUCCACAAAGAAAGGAAAGAAAGGCAAACAAGUUGUCUGUCCAUCCCAGUUGUCCCCAGAAGACCUGGCUCUGGUUCCAGCCAACUCCACCUCCAACAUCUUGAACCGCCUCAUGGUCAGUUACGACCCGAGAAUAAGGCCCAACUUUCAAGGUAUUCCAGUGGAGUCCAGAGUGAACAUCUUCAUCAACAGCUUUGGAUCCAUCCAGGAGACCACUAUGGACUACAGGGUCAACAUAUUCCUCCGCCAGCGCUGGAACGACCCCCGUCUGCGGCUUCCUGCUGACUUCAAGAGCGAGGCGCUCACUGUCGACCCCAAGAUGUUCCAGUGUCUGUGGAAACCGGAUCUGUUCUUUGCUAACGAGAAGAACGCAAACUUCCAUGACGUGACGCAGGACAACAUCCUGCUCUUCAUCUUCAGGAACGGAGACGUGCUGAUCAGCAUGAGGCUCUCAGUGACACUGUCUUGUCCCUUGGAUCUGACUCUCUUCCCAAUGGACACACAGCUGUGUAAAAUGCAGCUGGAGAGCUUCGGAUACACCACCAGCGACCUCGUGUUCAUGUGGCAGUCUGACCCGGUCCAGAUGGACGAGAUCGCUCUGCCUCAGUUUGACAUCAAACAGGAGGACAUCAAGUAUGGGAACUGCACCAAGUAUUACCAGGGAACAGGAUACUACACCUGUGUGGAGGUGAUCUUUACUUUACGUCGGCAGGUUGGUUUCUACAUGAUGGGCGUCUACGCCCCGACUCUGUUGAUUGUGGUUCUAUCCUGGUUAUCGUUCUGGAUCAACCCUGACGCCUCUGCUGCUAGAGUCCCACUGGGUAUUUUAUCAGUGCUCUCUCUGUCCAGUGAGAGCAUGUCCUUGGCCUCAGAGCUCCCAAAGGUGUCCUACGUGAAGGCCAUCGACAUUUGGCUCAUCGCCUGUCUGCUCUUUGGCUUCUCGUCCCUGGUGGAAUACGCUGUGGUGCAGGUGAUGCUGAACAGUCCCAAACUGAUCGAGGAGGAGAAAGCUAAAAUGGCCACCAAGGAGAAAGCUUUGCAGGAAAAGGAAGGCAAGAAGCCACCGAACAAAACCAACAACACUGUGAAUGGGACGGGCGGCACGCCCAUCCACGUCAACACGCUGCAGCAGGUGGUGGAAACACGCUGCAAGAAGGUCUGCACCUCCAAGUCAGACCUUCGCUCCAAUGACUUCAGCAUCGUGGGGUCUUUACCUCGAGACUUUGAACUGUCCAACUUCGACUGUUACGGUAAACCGGUGGAGGUGACGGGGCCCCUCAAGUCCCAGAGCAAAGCCAACAAGAAGCCCCCCCCACCCAAACCCGUGAUCCCCGCUGCGGCCAAACGCAUCGACCUCUAUGCAAGAGCCCUCUUCCCCUUCUCCUUCCUCUUCUUCAACGUCGUCUAUUGGUCGGUGUAUCUCUGAGAUGAACCGUCGUCGUGCCGAUUCUGACCGACGCCAUCGACGCCGCAGCGACGCCAUUUAAUGCUUCGCCCUCCUCACCAGCGUUUGCUGAUUGCAGCUGCAGCCACUGCUCUGAGCCCGGGUCCAGCGGGAAAAGGCCAAAUCCAAACAUCCUUAGGCAGUGAGUGCACGUGUGUCCUGUCUGAGAGAGAGCGCAUCAUGCUUGGGUAAACUCAGCCUCCAUGUUGUCACCUAUGCAUCAGCAAAAAAGCUUCACCUGAGCAAAGAUCACUGGUAACACUGUAAAGGUACAGAAUCAAAGAAAUAACACAUUAGAAUAAGGAAUCUGAGAGUACUUCAUCUGGAUUGGAUGAAUAAAAGACAAACCUUUAUUGUUACUGCUGCCGUCAUCAUGAAAAACAUUUAACUAUAUAAGGUAUUUUUGCCCAACAUAAGGAUUUUGUGUUAACAUAUAUGUUUAUAUGUAGUUAUAAUAAAAUCCCUAAUAAAGGAAAGAUCUGAUACAAUGUAAAACACAAAUGUCGCGUUAAACAGCGUGUGGAAAGUGGAAGGGAGAGAGAAGCUUUACUGUGCGUCUUCUUCUGUGGUGGCAGCGGUUUGAUGAAUGGUCAGGUUGAAUGUUUGCUUUUCACUUAUUUAAAACCUUUCUUCCAGCUGGUUUUGAAUGAUUUGAAGAUGUGACUGGUCACUGAGUUAUUGCAGAUGCUGGCUUACUCUAGUAAUCACUAGGUUAAAAUGAUAGUUAAGCUGUAGUUUUGGUGUUGCUGUACGUGCUCUGGCCUUCUGCUCGUUCCAUGGCUUCUUUAUGAAUCCUUAGUCAAAUCCAUGCUGGAGCUUAUCAGCUUCACUCGGUGCUGUUGUUAGCUGGCUCUGAUCUGAUCCGUCCCCUGGUGAUGCAGCUGCAGGUCCUUCCCCUGCACAUUUGCUACGCAUUUCCCAUGGACCCUACGGAAGACUUGAUGCUUCUCCUCAACACUUACAGUGUGUCCUUUAAUUCCUUUCAGCACAGAUUUUUGUCCUGUCCUCUGGUCUUCGGGUGCCUCCUGUGCUCGGCCACAUUUUACCAUUAGGGUGAUGUUUUCACUGAAGGUCAUGAAAACUGGUUUGAUGGAGAACUGCUGCUUUUCAAUAAGAACACUUAACUAAUUUUAAAACUGCUGUAUGUGGACAAAGACCCGAGCUCAACCCAAUAGAAAUGCUGCGGAAUGACCUUCGCCGUGAGAAUGUGUCCAAUGGUCCAAAACACUUUAUUAUUUGUGUUUUAUUAUUAUAGAGCAGAUCAUUCCGAUGGUUCACAUAACAAUACUGUACUUGCAGCUGUGAGACCUGGACACACAACGUGCACACAGUAUAAGAGAAUGAGGAAUUAGUGAGCUGAGGUGAGCUGCCUGAAGUGGUUGUGAUGGCAGCGGCUCUGUGUGGAGACGUUUAAACACGCAUACAGGCUCAGGUUAUGGGUUCUCUCAUCAUCAUAUCAUCUGCUAAUGGACCAAGGUCUACAACAAAUCAUCAGGAUGGAUCAAAUGAAUGGUGCUGACCUCAGACAAGUACAGGUUAGGUUGUUUUAAUAAGAAGAAAUGACCUGCUAGCUGUCAGCUACAACCUAGUAGCUUUUUAGCGCCCUUGAGUUUCUAAUAGUAUUUAGCAGUUUUUCUCGGUAAAUGUAAAUUCAGAUUACGGUAAAACCAUUUGAUUGUUAUUCGUAGUUUUUUGUAAAAUGGUCUUGGAUUCAAAUAAUAAAGGAUAAUGGAAAUAGGGGUUUUAUUCUUAUAGAUAGGAUGGAUAGGUAGUAUGAGUAUGAGCAGCAAUAAAAGUGAGAAUAAAGCCAAACAUGUGUUUACCAGUGAUCAGUCAUAGCAGAGGUGUACAUAUUGUAUGUGCUGAGUUUUUGUUAUGACCUACCUAUGUAUGUAAAGUACAUUACAUACUCUACAUGCAUAUGUGCUGUACUGUACUCGACAUACUGUACAGUAUAUAUGCACUGUACUGUAUGUCAUGAUGCAGUACACAUACUGUACGUAUGUAGAGUACUGUACUCUACAGUACACAUGUACUGUAUGUAGAGUACUGUACUCGACAUACCGCCUGCUGUCUCAGUCCACGUACCCGUUACUGUGACCAUGUCAGUCUCCUGCAGAGUAAGAUCCAGCUGUGGAUGCUGCUGCAUCACCUGAGCUUGGCGCCUUGAAGAUGUUCACUAUGCACUUUCAUUAAAAGAGCUGCAUCGUUGUGAAUAUACAGCCUGUAUACCUGGCAUCAUUUUCAGGAAUAUUCAAUAAAGGUUUUCCCCCUGGAA